AUGGACUUAAACUGCAACAUGAGACGCUCCGAGCCCCAGCCCCUGGCCCAGCUAUGGCUCCUGGGGCCCCCUCGUCCAGCCCCAGUCCUAUCCUGGCUGCGCUGCUCUUCUCCUCUUUGGUGGGCGCAGGCGCACAUCGGAUUCCCCUCUCUGCUUCCAGUGCUCCCCCGGGUCCAGGCCAUUGUGGUUUACACGGACAAAGAGGUCCAUGGCGCCGUGGGCUCCCGGGUGACCCUGCAUUGCUCCUUCUGGUCCAGCGAGUGGGUCUCAGAUGACAUCUCCUUUACCUGGCGCUACCAGCCCGAAGGGGGCCGCGACGCUAUCUCGAUCUUCCACUAUGCCAAGGGACAACCCUACAUUGAUGAGGUGGGGACCUUCAAAGAGCGCAUCCAGUGGGUAGGGGACCCUCACUGGAAGGAUGGCUCUAUUGUCAUACACAACCUGGACUACAGUGACAACGGCACUUUUACCUGUGAUGUCAAAAACCCACCAGACAUAGUGGGCAAGACUUCUCAGGUCACACUCUAUGUCUUUGAAAAAGUGCCUACUAGGUACGGGGUGGUGCUGGGAGCUGUGAUCGGGGGCAUCUUGGGGGUGGUGCUGCUGCUGCUGCUGCUUUUCUAUCUGAUCCGGUACUGCUGGCUACGCAGACAGGCGGCCCUGCAGAGGAGGCUCAGUGCCAUGGAGAAGGGGAAAUUGCACAAGGCUGCAAAGGACUCGAAGCGCGGCCGGCAGACGCCGGUGCUGUAUGCCAUGCUGGACCACAGCAGAAGCGCCAAAGCUGCCAGUGAAAAGAAGUCCAAGGGGCUGGGGGAGUCUCGCAAGGAUAAGAAAUAGCGGUUAGCGGGCCGGGCGGGGGGUCGGGGGGCAGGAGCGGAGCCCACCAAAGGCUCUCAGGUGGUGGUCAUCGAGAUGGAACUCCGGAAGGAUGAGCAGAGCUCGGAGCUCCGGCCUGCGGUCAAGUCCCCCAGCAGAACCAGCCUCAAGAACGCCCUCAAGAACAUGAUGGGUCUGGACUCCGACAAGUGACCACCUCCCCCCCCCCGGGCCCUCCCAGAGCAGGGGGACCUAGGCUUCUCUUAUUCCCUGUCUAGGUGCUUUCCUCCUUAGCUCCCCCGCCCUGCCCUGCCCUCAGCACCCUUUGAGAUGUAAGUUUCAUUCCAAAGUUCAUUCCGCAGGCAGCCCCUGUCUCCCUCACCUGCAUCCCCUGGCUUUCUGGGAGCCCAGGGGCCUCACCCUACCCUUCACCGGCCCCAAGGACUGUGUGUUUGGUGCCUGCCCCUCUGGCGCCGAGAAGAAAGGGACCUUGAUACCCCGUGCCUCAACUCCAGGCCACCUGGCGUUCCCUCGCGGCACCCAGCCCUCCCUCGCUCUCUUCUUUCUGACCCUUCCUCCCCUUCAUCAGGUGGCCCAGCUCCGUACUCUGUCCUCCCAGCUAACACCCAGAACCCCCAGAUCAGACUCUCCUUCAGGGUUUAUUUAGGUUGUUAGUUAUUUUUUAUUUUUUAAUCCGUUCUCGUUUGUUUGUUUGCCUGUGCCCUCCCCCCAUGACUGAGUACCAAUGACGUCAUGUGGUUUUUGCAAUUCCCCACCCCACCCCCCAUUAAAUCCUUAAUGGAGAGCUAGCCCAAGCAGAGGGACCCCUGGUCCUCAACCCUCAGCUAUAAGACUGGUGCCCCUGACCGCUUUGGAGCACUGUUCCAGGACUCAAGGUCAUGGGGAAGGAGAGACAGAGAGAGACAAAGAAUCCUCACAGGUGAGGGAAUUGAGGAUGGGGCAAAUAAGGCUUAACAAGCGGCUUUUAAACAACCAAACAGAAAGGAAAAACAAAUGGGAAAUGGGGGGAGGGGAAGGCUGCACUCCCAGCCACAGGGGAUUCUUAGGAUUUUUCUACAUUCUGUAUAUUUCUUCUCAAACCCCCAA